ACAUCUUUAUAAAGGGUCUUUUAUUCUCAUCCCCAACCAAUGUGGGAUAUCACAGUUGUACUAUGAAUGAAGCGGGAGACUCCAUGAGCGCUACCAGAGCCUACGACACGGUGGUGUUUUACCUGAGAGGACCAUCCGCCCGCCGUAACUUCCCGGACCUGAUCUUACAGGACAUGAAUCACCAGCUGCUCGAUCUUUCCCUUUCUUCAAUACGCAGAAGAGCUAUUGAGGUCGGUGCUAGAGUCGACGCCGCUGCCCACCAUGCUGCUCAACGCCAAUCCAAACCCAUUUCCGACAAGCCUGAUUUGAACCAGUUUCUGGACCCGGAAAGCUCCGACGAAGCUUGAUCGACUAUCACUGUUUCCUUGAUAGCUUCGAACCAGGGGAGACGGUAAAGCAAGCUCGUUGGUUGAUGGAUCCGACUACUAAUCUAACUCUUGUUCUGCAUUAGUUUUUAACUUUUUGGAUUAAUUUUUGUUC